AUGCACAAGACCGUCUCGCAUGAUACGCAUCAGAGCGAGAAGCCGGUCUUGUCUCCGCGCUGCCUAGAGAGUACACCAGAGGCUUGCCCGUGCUCGGGCAGCCGUCUGGAAAGCUACUUCCGAUUCUGCGAUGCUGCCAUCCGCAACGACAAGGCAUUCGAUAAGAAUGCCAUCACCAAGCUGGAGGAUAUCCUCAGCCACAUGAGAUCGAAUCCCGAUGUUGUUCCAAAGGGACUAGACGGCGGUCAUCGUGAGCUUGUCGAGACUGCGGUCCGCAUCGCUUUCAUGACCGACUGCUCCGCGGUGGACCUCUCGGAUGACGAGCUGGAAAAGGGCCACCCCAGUUCCGAAUGGAAGAAUGCGGAGCCCCUCAGCAAGUUCGUCGAGAGGUUCUUUGGCUCUGAUCGGCCCAAAUCUGGCGGCUUCCCUGAUCAGCUUGGGACCGCAGACACCAAGGUCGAUCUCAGAGCCACGAAGCUGAGAAAGACACUGGGCCUGUCCAUUCGACCGACUGACGACAUCCGCGAUCAUCUCAAGCUCGAUCGAAAGACCAUGACUCUCGAGGUCUUCCACUACACUGGCUUCAUCAAGGAGCACCUCCGGCUCACAAGGAGCCUCCCCAGCAACUCCACCGUCCAAGAUGCUCUCAAAGCAGGAGCCCUUCCCCGCCAGUUGAUGCUGGAGGUACUGGAGUCCCUGCAGGGCGUUCUGUUCCCAGUCUCGGACAGGAAAUCCCGAAAGAUGCUGGCAUCUUUCGUCAAGAGCGGGGCUUUCGACCCAGACAUUCAGAACAUCGAGUUCGAUACGAUCAAGAACAAGGGGGAAGAGACGGUCCGCUUCGUUCACCUGGCGAAGCGACUGGAGGAUCUCCACCACGAAGUCCUCAACCCAAAGCCCAGGAGUCUCUUGGAACGCCAACUCGACAGGCAUAUCGGCACCCGACGCAUGAUGCUUGCAACUUUGAUCGGCGUCCUCUUCGCGGUCUUCCUGGGACUCUUCUCGCUGGCCAUCAGCUCGUACCAAGCCUACAUUGCUUACCAGGCGUGGCAACACCCGAUGUCCCCCGCUGGAGCCUGA